UGUCCCUCCGUGGUUUACCUCGACCACUGCCAGAAUGGCGACCAACUCCUCCACCCAGUAUCCGCUGGUGAAGCUGCCUCAUCCUUUUCUGACCGCAUACUGCGUGCGCACCAUUGCCGAUGCGACGCCGGCCAGACUCAGCCUGACAUUACACGAUCAGCCCGCGGCCGGCCGAUCGCCCCCUCAACCGCUACACCUGAACUCUCUCUCCUGGCUGGAACUUUCUGUGCCUGCUCCUGAGGAGCGCCCUCCUCCCAACAAUAACACUGCCUGGGCGCGUGCACGUCGCGCCCCCAAAACCACCUUCCAAUGGACCGACAACACGCCGCCAACCUUGGGACAGAUCUGGAAUGUCGUCCACGCAAUAUAUCUCGCCCAUCCCACCUACGAAUACUUCCGCCUGGCGCUGCUGGGCGCCGGACAGGACAUUCUUCGCAGCGAGCUGCUGUCCACCGGUCUAGGCAUUGAGCAUCCGGCUGCCACCCGUCCGGAUGACCGCGCGAUCGCGCCGUCCACCGAUCUCCUCAUCCUCCGCAGUUCCUUCUGGCAAGGCGCGGCCUCCCCGAUGGGCCCCCGUCCCAUCUGGGUGGUGGGCGACGGCACUGAUGGCCCGCUGCGCGAGUCUCUGUCGCAAUACCCGGUGAUGCCGGAAAACUACCACUUCACACAAAAGUUCCCGGAAGAGCCGGUGUAUGCGCGCCAUCCGAUCCGACGUCCCAAGCCCGCGCCCGGCUCCAUUGCCUACAGUCGGUACAUCCCGGAGCUGGACGAGCACUUUUCCCUCGAGGUGGUGAACUGGCAGGACCCAGAACACUUGCAACUCUUCAACACAUGGCAGAAUGAUCCCCGCGUGGCCAAGGGGUGGAACGAGACGGGCACGCUCGAUCAACAUCGCGAGUAUCUCCGUCGUCUGCAUGUCGAUCCCCACGUGCUGUGCUUGUUUGGCCGGUUCAACGAGACGCGGUUCUCCUACUACGAGCUCUACUGGGCCAAGGAGGAUCACUACGGUGCGCAUUACGACGCGGGCGACUACGAUCGCGGGCGGCACUCCCUCGUGGGUGACGCUUCGUUCCGCGGCGCGAAGCGUGUCAACGCGUGGUACUCGAGUUGCAUCCAUUACUGCUUCCUGGAUGACCCCCGGACAGUGAACGUGGUGGGUGAGCCACGCGCCACCGGAGCGACGAUUCUGUCGUACGAGAAUGCGCAAGGGCUGGUGAUCGGCAAGUACGUGGACCUGGGCCACAAACGGUCGGUGCAUUCCAUCAGUAGCCGGGAGAAAUGGUUCCAACUGUGUCCGGUGUUCUGGGAUGGGCGUGAGCGACCGCUGGAGUCGGCCGACCGCGCGGCGUGGAACGCUAAAUUCGCAGGGCUCCCUCCACCACUGCAGACCUCGGCUCCUCCCUCCACCGUCGUCGCCAUGAAGCUCUUCCAGAAGCUGGCGGGCUAUCCCCGUCUGCUGCUGGCCGGCAACCCCUCCACCUCCGACCUGGCUACCUUGGUGUCGGCCAUCGUGUGUGCCAUCGGAUCCGGUGUCCCUUUUCCCAUCAUCGCCAUCGUCUUCGGUAAGCUGCUCGACGACUUCAACGAUGUGACCUGCAGUGAAUCCGACGGGUCGAGUGACUCCUCCGACCAAAGCAGCAUCAACAGUGAAAUUCUCCUCAUCGUCUAUCUGGCCAUCGCCCAGUUCGUCCUCAUCUAUGGCCACCUCACGUGCUGGACCAUGUACGGCGCUCGUUUGUCCCAGCGUCUCCGCGAACGCUAUCUCCAGAACCUCCUUCGCCAGGAACCCUCGUUCUUUGAUAAUCUGCCUCCUGGCGAGGUGGCCUCUCGUCUGAGCGCCGAUAUUCAGACCAUUCGCUCCGGGACGUCGGAGAAAGUGGGUAUCGUGUUGGCGAGUAUCUCCUUUUUCGUCACCGCGUAUGUGGUCUCCUUCAUCAAGGACUGGGAGUUGGCGGCUAUUCUGCUGUCGUUGAUUCCGGCGUACUUCCUCAUGUCCUUUGUGGGGAGUCAUUAUAUUGAGAAGUAUUCUGGGGUCAUGUCGGAUUAUGCGGCUAGUGCGGCGUCGAUUGCGUCCGAGGCUUUGUCGAAUAUUGUUGUCGUGCAGGCGUUUGGUGCCAACCGUCGGCUGGAGAAUAAGUUCUCGAGUGCGCUGAAGUCGGCUGAGCAGGAGGGUCUGAAGAAGGCUACCGCGGUGGGUAUUCAGUCGGGCUUCUUGUACUUUAUUGCGUAUUCGGCCAAUGGGUUGGCGUUUUGGCAGGGCAGUCAGCGUAUUGCUGAUGCGGUGGGGAGUAGCACGAGUGGUGUUACUGUGGGUGCGACCUUUACGGUGAUUUUCGUUUUGAUUGAAGCCACCUUGUUGCUCAGUCAGGUUGCUCCGUUCCUGCAUCUGUUUGUCGCCGCCACCGCCUCGUACGAGAAGCUGCGGGACGAUAUUGAUCGUCAACCCCAGAUCGACAGCACGACCGAGGGGGGCAUCCGUCUCACUCAGGCUGGUGGAUUCGAGUUUAAGAAUGUCACUUUCAAUUAUCCCUCUCGUCCGGAAGUCACUGUCCUCGACCAGCUCAGUCUCUCCAUCCCGGCAAAUAAGCACACGGCUUUGGUCGGCCUGUCCGGCAGUGGCAAGUCCACCAUCGCCGGUCUGGUCACUCGGUUGUAUGAUCCGGUGGACGGACAAGUGCUCUUUGAUGGCCACGACCUCCGGGAGGUCAACGUCCGGGACUUGCGCAGCUUCCUCAGUCUGGUGCAGCAAGAGCCCUCGCUGCUCGACCGCUCGCUGCUGGAGAACAUUGCCCACGGGUUGAUGAACUCGAGUAACCCCAACCAUGACCACCUGAAGCGGGCCCUUCUGACAUCCGAUCUGGCCGACGUGGCCAGCGACGUCCGGGAGGGCCACGAUCUCAUGGCCUCAGCUGAGAAACGCGGCGCCGAGAUUGUCGAAAUCGUCAACAUGGCCCGCCAUGCUGCCACACUGGCCGAUGCGGAUACCUUCAUUUCCGCCCUGCAGCAUGGAUACGGCACGAUGGUGGGCUCCAGUGGCCGUCUCAUCAGUGGUGGUCAGAAGCAACGGGUGUCGCUGGCUCGAGCCCUCAUCAAGGACCCGGCGGUGCUGAUCCUGGAUGAAGCCACGGCCUCGCUGGAUUCCCGCAGUGAGCAGCGGAUUCAGCGGGCCAUUAACAACAUUGCCAGUGGGAGAACUAUGAUCACGAUUGCCCAUCGGCUGUCGACCAUCACCACCGCGGACAACAUCGUGGUCAUGUCCAAGGGCCACAUCGUCGAGCAGGGCAGUCAUGCCGAGCUGAUGGCCAAGGAGGGCGCGUACGCCGACCUGGUCAAGCUGCAGACGUUGGGAUCGACCUCGACGAAGAAUGACUCGGCCGCCAGCAUCGAUGGUAUUAGUAAGUCGGAUGACUCGUUGACGGAGGCCGAGAACGAAAAGGUCAGUGUUGCGGAUGAGGUCCUUGAGAAGAAUGAGGAGACCAAGGUCUCGGAAACUGAAGCUCCGGCCGAGGCGGGUGAAGAGGACGAGCCGGAGACCCCCAAGAAGACGCUGUGGGCACUGGCCAAGGGAUAUGCCCCUGCCCUAAGACCUCAUCUGCUUUAUAUUGUGCUCGCCCUCAUCGGAGCCACCAUUGUGGGUGGUGCCUUUUCGGGUGAAGCCGUCAUCUUCGGCAACACAGUUGGCAGCUUGAACUCGUGCAAUGGUGCCGCCAGCAUCCGCAAUCGCGGUGACUUUUACGGUCUCAUGUUCUUCAUCCUCGCCAUUAUCGAGUUCUUCGCCAACGUCGUCAGCUGGGCGGGCUUCGGCUGGGUGUCGGAGAAGAUCGUCUAUACCGUCCGGGUGCUGUCCUUCCGGUCCCUGUUCGAGCAAGAUCUCCAAUGGCAUCAGUCCAACGGCCGCAGCCCGGCCCUGCUGCUGUCGUACAUCACCCGCGAUGGCAACGCCCUGGCCGGUCUGAGUGGCUCCGUCGUGGGCACGCUCUUCUCCAUCACCGUCAACCUCAUCGCCGCCAUCAUCCUCACCCACAUCAUCGCCUGGAAGAUCGCCCUCGUCUGUCUGGCCCUGGUGCCCCUGCUGCUGGGGGCCGGGCUCAUGGAGCUCCGCGUGCUAGGCAAGUUUGAAGAGAAGCACGAAAACGCCUACACCAAGUCGGUGGACAUUGGCGUGGAAGCCAUUUCCUCGAUCAAGACCAUUGCCGCGCUGUCGAUCGAAAACGACAUCCUCCAAACCUACCGCGCCUCUCUCUCCGGGCCCCGCAAGGAAACCUUCCAGGUGACUCUGCAAGCCAGUCUCUGGCAAGCCAUGACCUACUUCCUGGGUAACCUGGUCAACGCGCUAGCCUACUGGUGGGGUGCGAAGCAGAUCAUCGCCGGGACCUACACCCAAACCCAGUUCCUGAUCGUGGUGUUUUCCCUGCUCGUCAGCGCCCUCCUCUGGAGUCAGAUGUUCGCCCUGGCCCCCGAACUCUCCAGCGCACGCGGCGCCAUGGCCCGCAUCCUGGGCCUGAUCGAGAUCGGCUCCGACAAGAUGCAAGGCCGGGUGCCUACCCACACCACCUCUGCCGACCCGGAAGCCGCCACCAUCACCACCACCACCACCAUCGAACCCAAGCCCACCUCCCCCGCCAGCAUCCAGCUGCGCGACGUGCACUUUGCCUACCCCGCCCGACCAGACAUCCAAGUCCUGAAGGGUCUGACGCUGGACAUCCAACCGGGCAAAUUCUGCGCCCUCGUCGGCCCCUCCGGUGCCGGCAAAUCCACCAUCAUCUCACUGAUCGAACGCCUCUACACCCCCUCCUCCGGGAGCAUCUCCAUCGACCACCGCGACCUCAAACACCGCCCUCCCAACUUCCGGGACACCAUCUCGCUCGUCCCCCAAGAAAGCGUCCUCUUCGAAGGCACCAUCGAAUUCAACAUCGGCCUUGGCGCCCCGCCCCACCACACCGCCACAUUAGCCGAAAUCCAAGAAGCUUGCAAACUCGCCAACAUCCACGACACCAUCAUGUCCCUCCCCGACGGAUACCAAACCAUGUGUGGGCCCAACGGGAACCAGUUCUCGGGCGGCCAGAAGCAGCGCUUAUCGAUUGCACGGGCGUUGGUGCGGAAACCGCGCCUGUUGAUUCUGGAUGAGUCGACGAGUGCGUUGGAUGCGGAGAGUGAGCGGUUGUUGGAGGAGGGGUUGGAGCGGGCGGCGAGGGGGAUUACAGUCGUGGCGAUUGCGCAUCGGUUGAGGACGAUUCGGAAGGCGGAUGUGAUUUGUUUGAUUGAGGGGGGUGUGUGUGUGGAUCGAGGCACGCAUGAUGAGUUGAUGGAGAGGUCGGCGAGUUAUCGCGAGAAUGUGUUGCAUCAGACGGUGGAGUGA